CGCGUCUUGGGUGUUCCCAUGGAAACAGGAGGGAGACUUGAGUUAGCUGCUUCUGGAAUGUUUUCUAAGUAAAGAUACUCCCCUGUAGGAUCGACGUAUUUAACGUCUGCCAAAUUGUGUUUUAACUCUAGUAAACGUUUGGCUUUGAAGGUACAAGAAGCCACCGGUCUUUACUGCUAAGCUGUAUUAAACACUUUGUAGCUGGUGAAAGAGUUACUACAGUGGCCUCGCCUAUGAGCUAGCGAGCUAGCCUGCUAAUCAGAAUGACCCAGCAAGGAGCUGCGCUGCAAACUUACAACAAUGAACUUGUCAAGUGUAUAGAGGAACUGGGUUCUAAACGAGAAGAGCUGAACAGGUUGAUCCAGCAGGAAGAGGCAGAGAAGGCUCGACUGCAGCACGACAUCCGCGUGCUGACGGAGAAACUGAGUCGCGUGAACGAGAGCCUGGCACGCCGUCUCAGUGCUCGCGCUGACUUUGACCGCACCAUCGCAGAGACGGAGGCUGCGUACAUGAAGAUUCUUGAAAGCUCUCAGACACUUUUAAGCGUUCUGAAGAAGGAGACAGGAAAUCUGACUAAAGCCACUGAACCCAGAAUUGGGAAAGAUCAUUGAAUAUGGCUAAAUGUCCUUCCAUUCUUUAGCAUUUCUUUAUCAUCCUUUUUUAUUCCUAUCAGGACCCCCUGUAUGUGAAGUGUAUAUAUUUGUCAUAAUGUUUUGAUAUGGAUUUAGUGUUUUAAUAUAUGAUGUUUAUUUCAGUGUAAUGUUUUAAUAAAGAUAAAUGUAUUAUA